UUUAAAUAGGGCUUAAUGCAGCGCUUCUGGCCGUGGAGGAAGACUCUCGGCUCCGAGGAUGGGGGACGCAGCGGAACAAAGUGGAGGCGGAACGGGAGCAGCGCAGGCUGUCGGGGAGUGCAAGGCUGCGUGGCGCUGUCCGGAGCCCAAUUGUGUUGCACCGGGGAGAGCAUGGAGCUGCCGGCCGGCUCGGCCGAGGGGAGCUGCGGCCUGUCGGGGAGCACCUCCGCCCGCACGCAGGAGCCGGGGGACGAGGGCGGCUGGGCCGAGGGGGCCGGCGGAAACUGGAUGGCGACUCACCCCACGCUCACAGAAAUGAUGUCUCUCGAUAUAUCUGACAGUUCUCAAAUCUAUGCUGCAUUUGUGGUUUACUUGGACCUCUUAGAAGGGAGAAACUGGCAUGAAGUGAGUUAUGUUGGAGUAGCAGAACUGCAGCUCGUAUGUUUACAUGCACGUGAAAAAGAACAGGACAGUCUCCAAGUGAUGGUGCCGAUACCUGUGCAUGUAUUAUUGAGCCAUGAGAGGAUGAGAGAGAUCAUGAAGAAAGCAUCACUCCCACAGGAUGAUCCUGACACCCCGCUGUCAGUUACUUUGGCCAUAGUUGAAUCAGAUUCCACAGCAGUCUAUUAUAAAAUGACUGAUGGCUUUGUACUACCAGAUCCUCCUGACUAUACUGAAGAUACGGACAAUAAACAGUGCAGAAAGAAAAGAAAGCUUUUGAAGUGAUUAAGACAAACACUUUUCUUGAGCUACUGUCCUCAAACAUAAACAAAUCCAGGAACUUAUGUAUGUAAAUAAGUUGUGCGCUAAAGUCUGCCUUCUGCAUAUCAAGCAUCUUUUCAGGGAGAACAGAGGCUUGUGCAGCUGAACUGUAAUGAAAUGCCAUUUAAAGUAUGAAAUGAGUCAUGCUUUGUGACUAAUAAAUAUACUUGUGAGAUGUUUCCAAA